ACGGUUUUGUAAAUUGUAAUUUACUCUAUUCGGUUGCGAGUUGAAGUAACGAAUUUUAGAUUUAUUUUUGGUUUUGUAACUUUUCAGUGUCGUUAUAACUUUAGUAAGGAACCAAUUAAACGAAAAACGGCCGCAGCCGUCUAAGUUUUUUUAUUGCAAUGGCGCCAACACGGUUGGCACCGAAGCCGAUUGGCGUCAACGAAAACACAAACGGCAUCCUAAGCCAUGGGAUCACGACAAGGAGUAAACAGCUGGCUACUCUAAAGGGGUACAAAGAUGGUCUGAAGGUGCCAAACAAGCGAAAAGCUGAUAGUCCGCUGAAAGACGCCACAGCAAAACGGGCGGCUUUUGGAGACAUCACCAACGCUUGUAAUAAAUCCUGCGUUAAUCAUGAAAAAGACAAAAGCAUGGCACUUAAAAAAGUUACAGUUGAAAGCAAAAUGCUCCCUGCAGUUAAGAGCAUCAAACCUCCAACUCUAACUUCUCUGGUAAAUGGUAAAACCUCGAAAGCAAAACAACUGCAUAAAGUUGCUUCAAAUGCUAUAGAGAGUGUCCAUAAACAUUUCAUCAAGGAUCCAGUAAAGCCAAUAGCUACACGGGCACAGAAUGGGAUCCUCAAGAACAUCACAAGGAAAUCUCUGGACAAGGAGAGCCAGAAUCAAAGUACUGGCUCUUCCAAAUCGAUCAAGAGUGAUACUUCGGAACCAUCUCUAUACAUGACAGCUUUGGAAAACAACAGCAUCAAUGAAACAACAAAAGAAGAAUGCAAGACUAUCAGUGAAAAAUUGGACAAAGUUAACUUAGAUGACUCGAUUCCAUCGCUCGAUGAUGAUAAAGAGUCCCACCCUCAAGUUCCUGAGGGAGUGGUGGACUUUGAUCUCGAGAACUGGAAUGACCCAUACCAAGUGUCUUAUUUUGCUAUGGACAUAUUUAAUUAUUUAAAGAGUAGAGAGCCACUCUUUCCAAUCGACGAUUACCUUCAGCGAAUGAAGGGCAUUACGUCCUGGAUGAGAGCACUCCUCGUUGACUGGAUGGUGGAGGUGCAAGAAAGCUUCGAGCUGAACCACGAGACACUGUACCUGGCUGUGAAGUUAGUCGACCUCUACCUCACUCGUUCCAGUAAGACCAAGCCAGAGAAGGAGCACCUGACAAAAGAGGAGCUGCAGCUACUUGGUGCUGCUUCACUCUUCAUUGCAGCUAAGUUUGACGAACGAAUUCCGCCUCUGGUGGACGACUUCCUUUACAUCUGCGACGGCGCCUACACGCUCAGCCAGCUUCUACGCAUGGAGAUUAAUAUUCUCAAAGUGAUUGACUUUGAUCUGGGCAUUCCACUAUCCUAUAGGUUUCUCAGAAGAUAUGCCAGGUGUGCGCGAGUGUCGAUGCCGACGCUAACGUUAGCGAGGUUCGUGCUGGAGCAGUGUCUGUUGGAGUACGGGCUGGUGUCGCUGCCGGAUAGCAAAGUGGCCGCCGCCGCGCUCUACCUGGCGCUGCGAAUGAAAUCCAUCUCGCACUGGACACCCACUCUGCAGUAUUACACAGGAUAUACUUUGAAAGAUAUACUCCCCGUGGCACUAGCACUCAACGCAACUAUGCACAAGAAGCCCAAGUCUGCCAUAAGUACAGUUCGCAACAAAUAUUCACAUACAAUAUUCUUCGAGGUGGCCAAAGUACCACUUGUUGAAGACUCCGUGCUGACCAGCUGAGUAUUGUAUGAACUUCUUGUGGGAUACACUGUAAGUCCAGCUAAUUAAAGUGUUCUAAGUGUUAAGUAUUACAAGUCUCACAGUGACAAUGAUUAUUAAUAUAUGGUGUGUGACAGUGGACAAUAUAAUAGCUCUGUAUUUAAUGUGAAUCACAUUUGUAUUUUUUUUAUUAUACAAUAGUAGUCGAUAAUUAACCAGCGUUUUCAGAAACCCAAAUUUUUCCUUUAGUAAUAUGAUGGACAAUUAACGAAAGAAUAGUUAGGAUAUGUUUUGUAUGUAAACAAUAUGUUGAAAGUGCAAAUGCUGAUAGCAAUUGUCCACUUAGGGAUACGUGCCAGUUGAUGCAUUUAAUAAUUAAGACUGAUGUGAUGUGGUGUACUACACUAGUGUGGUCACCUAAGUUUACAUCUGGGGUGACUGAUUUUAAAUUUAAAUUGUCAUUGUGACUGAUAUGAAUCUUGUUGUGGCAUGUCUCAGUAACGUUAAGUUGUAAAAAAAAUAUGAGAAAUUCAAAACAAACAAUAUGUAUGUGUAUAUGUAAUCAUGCUUAACUGCGAAGAAGCUAUGUGUUAGACAAAGUUAAUUUGUGAGAGUUAGUGUAACUAUUCAUUUAUUAACACACAUUGUAAUUGUUUAAAAAGUAUUUCAUUGAAAUAAUUAAAAUCAUAGUCAUAAGCUUACAUUAAAAGUGUAAAUAGUUGCAAAUUAUCAAACUGAGACAGUCAUUGACCAUAUGUUAUCAUACCAUAGAUAAUGUAACAUAGUUAAGUUAAAUGUGCCAUAUUGUAUGGCUUUUCUGGACCACCGAUGAAACAUUGAGCGCGAUACUUUAUUAGGUUGGGUACGCUCUGUUUUAAUUUACACAAACCACUUUGUGUUCACUAUGAUGGGCAUCAGUAUCCUUGUCUCAUAGGAUGUAGUGUUGAGGUCUUCCUAUAGGAAAAUUGUAGGUAAUAGUGGCUUUGUGUGUAAUAUGUGAAUUUAUAUCCGUUAUAAUAUCACUCACUUUUUCUUACAAUAAUUUUUAAUUUGUUUAUGGAAAACUUGUUGAAUCAUCAAAAUUUUUUUUUUAUAUAAUAUAAUUUUAUGUUGAUUAUUUUGUAUAUAUUUUUUUGGAUUAUUUGCAACACUAAAUUUUUUCCGCUUAGUGUGCAUAUGAUUUGAAUAGUCAAAUCAUUAUUAAUAUGACAGAAAUCUAUCUUUACAUAAUGUCUGAAUGUCACUAAGUAAAUACAUCAAAGCACACACACCUUUACAAGUAAAUUGUGAGAUAUUGUGUUUGGUAUUCUGUGCGAGCGAAUGUUGACACAAUAUCCGUCAGUGUUUUUGAAAUAAGUUAUUUUUAAGCUUUCUUUCAUUUCAAUAUCACUAACAAUUCCAAUGAAUCUUUGACGGCUCGGCUUGUAAUAAUGAUUGUAUUAAGUGUAAUUACACAGAAAGUAAUCACACAACAUUUCUGAUAUUAUGAACUUGAAUUUGUUUCUGCUCAGGUCAGUGAGCAACUAUCAAUAUAUACUUUGUAAUCACUAUUUAUUUUGUACAGAAGAGACAAUAACUAAUUUUAGAUAACUUUAAAGUAAUAUAAUGUAACAUUCUGAUUGUUUUGUUGUCUACUCCACUUGCUUCCAACAGCAAUUAUGUUUUAUAUUGGCUAUGUAUUUGUAUUUGGCAAACUUUGCUAAUACUUAUUUUAAUUAUUAUUACUUAAUAUUAUUAUUAUUAAUGGAUUUUGUAACGUUUUAAUUGUAAUUUACAUAGUAAUUAUUGUGAGAUUAAUGCUGAUGUCUUAUGUUUUGUAAUUUAUCACAUUUUAAAGAGUACAAAUACAAAAUAUUGGUAUGUUAUUAUAAUGUUGUUUCUCUAAUUAUAAGUUUUAGAAUAAUUAGUUUUAACAACUGAUUCUUUAAUGUAACUUGUAAUUGAACUAUACAAAUAAUUGUGAGCCGACACAGUCGUGUAAAUAAAAGUAAUUUUGGUUUGAU